CAUGAACCUGCGCCCACGCAUCCCCACCGCGCCACCAACCCCUUUGCACUCCAAGCAGCAAGCCUCAGCCUCAGCCUCAGACCAUACCAAACGCCGGCGCCGGGCGCCCCCUAUAUAACUGUCCCCACACGCCCGUGUCCUCCUCAGCUUCUCGCUCUGAAGCUUCAAACUACCCCCAGCAGUUACCCGGCCGAGCAAGCAGAGAGCACAAACCCAAGAAACAGACGAGGCGGAGAGGUAGCUAGCUUCCUGAACUAAUCGGCCGGGGGUGUCGCAAUGGCUGCAGCGAGUAUGAUCAAGGCGCCGGUCGGCCAGAAUCCGAGGCUCGCGUGCCACGCCCCGGCGAGGGGCGGAGGCGUGGUCAGGUGUUCGUUGCAGGGCGCGGUCGUCGGCGGCCGGGCGGACUGGCAGAGCAGCUGCGCCGUGCUGUCCAGCAAGGUGGCCGCGCUCGGGACGCACUCCAUCAACGGCCACGUCGCGCCGGCGCCGGCCCCGGAGCCGAGCCAGAACGGGGCGGUGCUGGAUUUGGUCCCCGUGACUAGUAUCACCGGCGGCGCCAUCACCAAGGCGAACCUGCCGCAGCCGCUCCGCAUCGCGGACCUGUCCCCGGCUCCGAUGCACGGGUCGCAGCUGCGCGUGGCGUACCAGGGCGUGCCCGGCGCGUACAGCGAGAAGGCGGCCGGGAAGGCGUACCCGGGCAGCGACGCCAUCCCCUGCGACCAGUUCGAGGUGGCGUUCCAGGCCGUGGAGCUGUGGAUCGCGGACCGCGCCGUGCUCCCCGUGGAGAACUCGCUGGGCGGCAGCAUCCACCGCAACUACGACCUGCUGCUCCGUCACCGGCUCCACAUCGUCGGUGAGGUGCAGCUCCCCGUGCACCACUGCCUGCUGGCGCUGCCCGGGGUGCGCAAGGAGUGCCUGACCCGGGUGAUGAGCCACCCGCAGGCGCUGGCGCAGUGCGAGCACACGCUCACGGCCAUGGGCCUCAACGUCGUCCGCGAGGCGUUCGACGACACGGCGGGCGCCGCCGAGUACGUGGCCGCCAACGGGCUCCGCGACACGGCCGCCAUCGCGUCGUCCCGCGCCGCCGAGCUGUACGGGAUGGAGGUGCUGGCCGACGGCGUCCAGGACGACUCCGGGAACGUGACCCGCUUCGUGAUGCUGGCGAGGGAGCCCAUCGUGCCGCGCACGGACCGACCUUUCAAGACCAGCAUCGUGUUCGCGCACGACAAGGAGGGCACCUCCGUGCUCUUCAAGGUGCUCUCCGCCUUCGCCUUCCGGGACAUCUCGCUCACCAAGAUCGAGAGCAGGCCGCACCGCCACCGGCCCAUCCGCCUCGUCGACGACGCCAACGUCGGCACCGCCAAGCACUUCGAGUACAUGUUCUACGUCGACUUCCAGGCGUCCCUCGCGGAGCCCCGCGCGCAGAACGCGCUGGCCGAGGUCCAGGAGUACACGUCCUUCCUCCGGGUGCUCGGGAGCUACCCCAUGGACAUGACCCCCAUGACCGCCGGCUCAUCCACCACCAUUUCCUCGUCCGAUGGUCCCUCGUCGUCGUCGUCGUCGUCGUCGUCAUGAUUACUCCUCCUGGAGGCCGGCCGGAGAUCCGUCCGAGGAGAAGUCGUCGAGUGGGGACGUUGGUUUUCUGCUCAUGUCGUCCUACUCGCCCCUCGCUGCGGCCAGGAGUAAUUGAUUUUGGGUUCACUUUAACCCGUCGUGGUAAUAUACGUGUAAUUGUUCAAAUUCAUCUUCAGUGAAUAUAUAGUACUACUUGUAGAAGACAUUCAUGUCCA